UCAGAGCUAGACGAGCUACGUCAUGGUCGUGGAAUGGGGAAAAUUAGGGCAGGCUCUCACCCAGUGCCUUCAAGCCUGCGCGCGUUUCACCGCCGUUUUCCUGUCGCCACGUCUCACGCUUUCACCCGUUUACUACAGAGUAAUUCCGUGAAACAACAUGGCGACUCCAGAGGGUCCGCCUACUGAACAAAACAGGUGACGCGUUUAAAAAGACCACCCACGACGGCUGCUCUCCGUAGCCCCAGCCUCUCUCGGCAGCGGGCUACGAUUGGGCAUUUUGUGGGAAGAAGCUCGGCCUGCUCUUGCCUUUGAAUGGCCCACUUACGUGUCACUCAAGCUGCAUCGGAACGCAAAGGAAGCGCCGCGGGGCUGUAUGAAUCGGCAGGGUUUCCCGAUCGAGUUUUAAUGUGCGCUUCGGCACCCAAAUUCACAGUGCGAACAUACAGGUUUGCAGAAGAGCAAGAGGAACACGAAAGAGGGCACCCGAAAUCAGAGCUGGUGGUGCUUAUUCCCGAGGUUCUUGACCCACAAUAUGGCAUGUAUGUUUGGCCUUGCGCAGUUGUUCUGGCCCAGUAUAUAUGGUUUCACAGAAAAUUAGUUUGUGACAAGAGAAUUUUGGAGCUUGGAGCAGGCGUGAGUCUUCCUGGAAUAGUGGCAGCAAAAUGUGGAGCUGAAAUUAUACUGUCAGAUAAUGCAGCGCUUCCUCAGUGUCUGGACAACUGUCAUCGAAGCUCUCAGAUGAAUAAUCUCUCUGGUGUAUUUGUAACAGGACUCACCUGGGGUCAGAUAUCACCUGCGCUGUCAGCCUUACCUCCAGUAGACAUUAUUUUGGCAUCAGAUGUAUUUUUUGAACCAGAAGACUUUGAAGAUGUGGUAAGUACUGUGCACUACUUAAUGGAGAAGAACCCACAUGCUCAGUUCUGGACUACUUAUCAAGUUCGAAGUGCUGACUGGUCUAUCCAAGGAUUACUUUACAAAUGGGAGAUGGAAAGCGCUUGCAUACCCUUACAGUCAUUUGAGGCCAACAAGGAACAACUUGCAGACUCUCCUCUUCCAGGGAGACACACUGUUGAAAUGAUGGUGAUCACGAAAGUGAAUGUCACACAGAGCUUGAGAACGAGCUAGCAGUUCUGAAAAUAAAAUUCCACGUGUUUCUACAAAAUAUGA